AUGGCCACUACAGUCGACACCACGACCAGCACCAACGGUGAACUGGCUCGUGUGAAGAACCCAGAAGUUGUUGAAGGGGAUCCCGAAUUCGACGGACGGGUCAUCAUCUACGUCAUUAAAGCCGACGAGACAUCGUACAUCAAUUACAUCAAGCCGCUCAUUCUUGCGCGGGAGCUAAACGCCCCACAUGUUCUCGCCAUCAUUGACACGCACAGCCAGUGGUACUACUCCAUUCACCCCGAGCGUUAUGUGCCAGCCAUUCGCGACCGCGACCCGGUCACCGGGGAAGACGCCAUCGUCUUUGAGGGCACCGCGUGCAUCCAGUACCUCGCCGAGCGGUUCGACAAGAAUGGCGAUUGGACCGGCCGGACGGCGGCGGAGAAGGCCGCCGUCAUGUCGUGGACCGAGUACCAGACUGCCGGAAUAGGGGCUACCGCCAAGUACUGGCUCUACUUUCUGCGCGGGUACCCCACCAGGGCGAACCCAGUCCAGCUGCCUCGGACUAUUGAGAAGUUUCACUCCAACACCCUCAAGCAAUGGGACGUGUUGGAGAAGCAGCUGUCGAAGCCCGGCCACGACUACAUCGCGGUAGGCAACCGCCCGACGCUCGCCGACCUGGCCUACUACCCGUUUGCCAUGCCGUGGAUGUUCAAGUUCCUCAGCGUGGACAUCAAGGACUGGCCGCACAUCGAGCAGUGGGCCGAGCGGAUGUCAGCGCGGCCGGCGUUCAAGGCCGUCUUGGAGACCGCGCCCACCAUUGGGCAUUGA